AUGGCCAUAGCCCUGCACGGCCAGAGCAUAGCUGGACGAGAGUGUGGUGAGCUGGGCCAGGAGCGGAAGCAGAGUCCAGGGUUUUGGAUCAAGAGUGACAUCACUGGAGACCUCCCCGAGGAAGAGCAUGCUGACAUCAGGAAGGAGGAAGGACUGAAAGGCAGAGACCAGUUAGCAGACCUUUUUGCUGAUUCCGUCCUGUGGGAAGAGGGAGGCAAGGACAUAUGCCAGAGUUCCAAGGAGGGUUUCCGGUCAGUGGAGAAGGCCGUGCUGCUCACGUUUCUCUCCGCGGUUAUCCUGAUGGCCAUCUUGGGGAACCUUCUGGUGAUGGUGGCCGUGUGCAGGGACCGGCAGCUCAGGAAAAUAAAAACCAACUAUUUCAUUGUCUCUCUUGCCUUUGCGGAUCUGCUGGUCUCCGUGCUGGUGAUGCCCUUCGGUGCCAUUGAGCUGGUUCAGGACAUCUGGAUUUACGGGGAGAUGUUUUGCCUCGUCCGGACUUCUCUAGACGUGCUGCUCACCACGGCAUCAAUUUUUCACCUGUGCUGCAUUUCUCUGGACAGGUAUAUGCCGAUCUGCUGCCAGCCUUUGGGCUAUAGGAACAAGAUGACCCCUCUGCGCAUCGCGUUAAUGCUGGGAGGCUGCUGGGUCAUCCCCAUGUUUAUCUCUUUUCUUCCUAUAAUGCAAGGCUGGAACAACAUUGGCAUAAUUGAUUUGAUAGAAAAAAGGAAGUUCCCUCAGAACUCUAACUCCACGUACUGUAUCUUCAUGGUCAACAAGCCCUACGCCAUCACUUGUUCCGUGGUAGCCUUCUACAUCCCGUUUCUCCUCAUGGUGCUGGCCUAUUACCGCAUCUAUGUCACAGCCAAGGAGCACGCCCACCAGAUCCAGAUGUUACAACGGGCAGGAGCCCCCUCGGAGGGCAGGCCCCAGCCAACAGACCAGCAUAGCACUCAUCGCAUGAGGACAGAGACCAAAGCAGCCAAGACCCUGUGCAUCAUCAUGGGUUGCUUCUGCCUCUGCUGGGCCCCAUUCUUUGUCACCAAUAUUGUGGAUCCGUUCGUAGACUACACGGUCCCUGGGCAGGUGUGGACAGCUUUCCUCUGGCUCGGCUAUAUCAAUUCUGGAUUGAACCCCUUCCUCUACGCUUUCUUGAAUAAGUCUUUUCGACGUGCCUUUCUCAUCAUCCUCUGCUGUGAUGAUGAGCGUUACCGAAGACCUUCCAUUCUGGGCCAGACUGUCCCCUGUUCAACCACAACCAUUAAUGGGUCCACACACGUGCUAAGGUACACAGUUCUGCACAGCGGGCAUCACCAGGAACUCGAGAAACUGCCCAUACACACUGACCCAGAAUCCCUGGAAUCAUGCUUCUGAUUGAGGACCUGGCUCACAGCUAAGCCAUCCAUUCCCAUUUGUAUCUGCAUGAACAGGACACCCUGGCACCUCUCCUGACCCUCAUCACCACCAGUGAGGUAUGAGAAAGGGGGCCCAGGGCCCAGGGAAGGUCAUGGAGGACCGUCCGUGUCGGACAGGCCCUGAGACCAGAACGUGGAGGAUCACAGAGUUGAGAAGGGACUUCAAGCGCCGUCAGAUCCAGCCUCCCACCCAACGCAGGAGUAGCAUCCUUCACAGCAUCCCUGGAAGUUGGUCAAUCUCUGCUUGCACACCCCCUGGGACAGGAGCUCACUACCUCCUAAUGCAGUCCCUUCUGCCGUAGGGAAGCUCUAAUUAAAGGAAGUUCUUUUAGAGAGCUCUCGACUCUAUCGCUGUUCCCAUGGGGCCAUGCAGUUGGCCACCUCUUCCUCUUAAGAACCCUUAGCUGUUAGGAGGCAGCGAUCUGCCACCCACUCACCCUUUUAAU